AUGGUCUCUGUAAAAGACGAACGCUCAAUACAGGUUCUGGGUGACCCCAAUUCUACAUCACCUUUAUAUUCAAACCAACUAUACAUUACAGAUAACCUUCAAUCAGACCAAGGCGUUCAGCAGCAACAGCAGCAACAACAACAACAACAACAGCAGCAGCAGCAGCAGCAGCAGACUUCUCAACAACAACAACAGUCCGCGCAGUCGGUACAACAAUCAGCUCAGCAGUCUGCCCAGCAACGAUACUCUGCAGCCCAGCUAGCUUACACCAACGCAUCUUCCCACCAACAACUCUUGGGUAUAGAUUCAUCCCCACUUCAUAAACAACAACAACAACAACAACAACAACAACAACAACAACAACAACAACAACAACAGUCUCAUCAAAGAGGCACUAUUCCUACUACAGUCUCAUCCCAGCAAAUGAAUCCCCUGCUGGCAACUUCUGCUGGUAGUUCUCCUGGACUUGUCCACACUAGCCGUUCGACUUCAGCAGCCGUGGCUGCCGCCGCUGCUGCCGCUGCUGUCACUGCAGGAGACCUUGCUGCUGCUGCUGCCGCCGCGGCUGCUGCUGCCGCUGUAGAUGAUAGCAUGAGUGUGCACCACCAACAACAUAAUGAUGGCACAGAUCUUGAUGCCCAGCAGCAACAACAACAGCAGCAGCAGCAGCAACAGCAGCAGCAGCAGCAACAGCAGCAGCAGCAACAACAACAACAGCAACAACAACAACAGCAACAGCAGCAGCAGCAGCAGCAGCAGCAGCAGCAACAACAUCAACAACAGCAGCAGCAGCAACAACAGCCACAGCAGCCACAACAACAACAACAACCGCAGCAACAUUCUGGCCACCAUGACGAUGGUAAUGGUGACCAUGAAACAGGAAGCCAGGCUGGUGAAGAAUCCGCGCGGCGUGUCAACUUGAGUGGCCAAGAAAAACUUCUUCUUGUCAAGACAUUUGUUGAUCAUGAGCGCGAGUUUUUCGAUGCCAAUGUGCGUAACCGUGAUUUUUGGAUCACCAUUAACAAGGAGUUUUCUGCGCGUAUUGCGCGACCAUUUAAAACCGCCCGUCAAGCUAUUUAUCGUUACGUCAAAUCCUCUGAGGCUGACGAAAAGGAACCAGGAUCUGGUGGCACUCCCGAUGGUUCUAACGCAGUUUUGGCUGCUGCCGUGGCUGCCGCAAACCGUUCAGCCGGUGGACCUGGAGGAAAUGGUACUGGAGUACCUGAUGACGGGUCUACUCCUCCUCCAGGUAGUGCAGGCUCAUCUACUGAUGCCUAUGGCAUUGACUUGCAUGCCGGGGCUGGUGGUGCUCGACGCCGUGCCGAGGAUGACUUUUCCAAGUACGUGGAACGCGCUGUGUCUAUGUUCCAAAGCCGCAAAGAGAUGAAGGAAAAGCGUAUCAAGCGCUCAACCCUUGGAUUGACAAGUGGCAGCAGUAGUCUGACGAGCACACCCAUGCACAAUGGUGGAGCUGCUGGCUCGGCCUCAGGUCACCAUCACAAGGUUGGCGCACUGGGAAACCACCACACGCACCAUCUCCAUCAGGAGUCUCCGGACGAAUACCAGGAUUCUAUUGAACAGGGACUUCCUCUUCACCAAUAUGCUGUAGUGGCUACGGCUUCAGCAGCGGCAAAUGAUGGUGUCCAAAACCCGCUUUCGCCAACGCCAAAUGUCGGCAAGUCUGGGUCGCGCCGCAGCACUGGACCUGGCGGAUCAUCUCGCAGCGCUUCUGCAUUACUUAAUCAGACUCUUGCUCAGGGUGUAUCUGGCGAGAAACGGUAUCUUAAUCCUACAGACAUUUAUGGCAGCAGGAAAAAGUUCAAGACUGGUUACGAUGAUGGCCAAAUUUCUAUUGACUCAGAAGUGCGGAUCCAAGCGCUCGAAAAGCGGAUGGAUAGUCUGUACGAGUCGCUGGGCGCACACCAACGUCGGUUUGAACAGUUUACAGCUAUUUGCAGCCAAUUUUUCUCCAAACUCACUGAAAAGAUUGGCGUGGACAAUCCUCUUAAUGAAUACCAAACGUUUGGACAGGGUCAAGGCCAGCCUGAAGACGAACACCAGGCCCAAUCAAAUCAAGAGGAGGAGGAUGCUCGGGCAGCUCAAGAACAACAAGAGCAAGAGCAAGAGCAAGAACAAGAACAACAGGAACAGCAGCAACAAGAGCAGCAGCACCAACAGCAACAAGAGCAACAAGAGCAGCAGCAGCAACAACACUACAAUGGGUCGUACCAAUUACCGAUUCCGAUGAACCAAAGUGCUUACCAGCAGCAGAGCUCGAUUGUGUCGUCAAUGAUACAUCCUGCGUUAAUACAACAGCAAGAACAGCAACAGCAAGAGCAGCAGCAACAAGAUGAUGAAGACAAGGAGGACGAUGCUGCAGCGGCAGCAGCGGCAGCUGUUGCAGCAGCUGGUAUGGUUGAUCCGUCUUUAACUGGCGCUGGCCAAGAAGAAGAGGAUCAGGGAGCUGAACAACCUCAGGAGCAGGAUUCUGAGGAACAAGCAGCUCACCACCACCAUGCCCACCAUCAGCAUGUACACCAUGGACACCACCACGACGAAACUGGAGCCCCUGAAUCUGCAGUCGAUGUCGAAGCUGUUGCAGCUGCAGCAGCUGCGGUGGCUGCUGUUGAGGAGCAGGAACAUCACGCGACUCACCAGAUGUACGAUGUUGGUGUGGACGAAGACCAAGAUGUUGUUAUGGCAGGCGUCGAUGAGAAGGAUAAGAAUGGUUCACAAGAGGAAGAAGAAGAGGAUGUUGAUGUUCAUGCUAUUGUGGAGGCCAACGCAUCCGAGAUUGUGGAACAAGAGCAACGAGAGCAACAACAACACCAACAAUCUGAGCAAGAACAAGAUCAGCAGCAUCAUACUGUGGAAGAUGAUGAAGAGGACAAAGAGCAAGUACAGCAACAGCAAGAGCAGGUCCAAGAACAAGAGGAAGGUGUGGAUAUGGAAGACAUGGGGGUUGUAGGCGAUGUUGUGGGUGUUGACGUUUCCGGUGUUGUUGGCGAUGACGGCGUAAAUGUUGACGAGAAUGGCGACGUGGACAUGGGCGUUGGUGAAGAAGAUGUUGUUGACGAGGAUGAAGAAGAAGCAAAACGCUCAGCGGCAGCAGCUGAUGUGCUCAUGGCUGAACAAGCACUUGCAGCAAAUGCUCAAGAAGACGCGGAGGCGGCAGCUGCUGCAGAAGCAGCAGCAGCUGCGGCAGAAGCUGAAAUGGCUCAGCAUCUUCAUGAAGCUAUGGAGCACGCGGGUGGCGCGGAUCUGGGCGAAGCUUCUGUUGCUGACGAGUAA